GAUUUUAUAAGCGGACCCGAUUAAGACAUUUCCGGCCGCGUCUCAGAAACCUCGGGGUCGUGGCUGGUGGGUUGGAUUUCUGUUUGCUCAGAAGCUGCAGUAACCAAGAAUGAGCGGAACCCUGGGAAAGGUGCUGGGCCUGUGGAAAGAUACCGUUUCCAAGCAAGCCUUCUCUCUCCUAAGAUUCAGAAUUUUGGGAGAGAAUCCCAUUUGUUCUGCAGGUGGUAUUCUGCUGAGGCCCAGGCAGCACUACAAGACAAAGCCCACUCAUGGAAUUGGCAGAUACAAACACUUGGUGAAAGUGCUAGAGCCUCAGAAGAAGAAAGCAAAGGUGGAUGUGAGAGCCAUUAAUGUGGGGACAGAUUAUGAAUACGGUGUCUUAAAUAUCCACCUGACUGCUUACGACAUGACUCUGGCAGAAAGCUAUGCCCAGUAUGUCCACCGCCUCUGCAACCAGCUCUCCAUCAAAGUAGAGGAAAGUUACGCAAUGCCCACCAAAACCAUAGAGGUGAUGCGGCUACCAGACCAAGGCAACAAAAUGGUCCUAGACUCAGUCCUUACCACCCAUGAGCGAGUGGUUCAGAUCAGCGGUCUGAGUGCCACAUUUGCAGAGAUUUUCUUGGAAAUACUCCAGCGCAAUCUUCCAGAAGGAGUCAGGUUGUCAGUGAGGGAGCACUCUGAAGAAGACUUCAAGGGAAGGUUCAAAGCUCGGCCAGAACUGGAAGAAUUGUUGGCCAAGUUGAACUGAACACUGCAGCCCUUUCAUGUCAUCGUCAUUCUCCGAGAAGUUCUCCCUGCGUGGUCAGACAUAGCAGGAGAAUGAAUGUGCACACUGAGGUGCCUCCAGAGUCUGUGACAUGCUGUGAUUGUCAGUUACCACUUAACCUUAACAAAAACCUGGGGUAUUCUCCACCUAAUAUAAAUCUGCUGUUACCACUGUGUGUGUGUAGCAACUGUUCUUUAAGGGAUUCUGUUUUUCUUUGUCUAAACAUGUUCUCAUUCCACAAUACUUUUUCAGUUACAGUGAAUUCAUCCUUUAAAGUGAUUUGGUGUUAACUAAUUGUUUAUUUGUUUGAUUCAUGGUCUCUUAUGUAGCCCUGGCUGUCUGGUAACUUGCUGUAUAGAUGAGGGUCUGCCACCACCACCCCCAAUUGCCACCCUCUGAAUGCUGGGAUUAAAGGUGUGUGUCACUGUGUCCAGUAUGAACUUAUCUUUUAAAAGAACAUGGCAUGGAGUUUGAUAAUGAAUUAGAGAUUACAACCUAA